GGCAGACUCUCCACCUAUUUGCGCCUGUCUUGUAGGGGUUGGUGAGUGGCAUCGACAGCAGUUGCCUUAUUGCCGUGUCUUUACAGGAGCACUCGCAGCUGAAUCGCAUCACACCCCUUUUUUCACCAAACAGUGACUGUUGGAUAAACACUCCCGCACAAGGACAAUAGCACAGUUUAUGGUUUUGAUAGAAGAUUCCAAGAUGUCUCGUACAGACGAGGUCCACCGUAUAACGGAGAAUGUAUACAAGAACAUUAUGGAGCAGUUCAACCCCUGCUUGCGAAACUUCGUUGCCAUGGGGAAGAACUACGAGAAGUCCCUCUCCAAUGUGACAUUUGCAGCGAAGGGCUACUUUGAUGCCCUGGUACGGAUGGGCGAGCUGGCCAGCGAGAGCCAAGGAUCCAAAGACUUAGAAGAGGCAACGUGGGACGUGCUGUUCCAGAUGGCCGAGGUGCACAGACAGAUCCAGGUGCAGCUGGAGGAGAUGUUAAAGUCCUUCCAUAAUGAGUUACUCUCAGAGCUGGAGAAGAAGGUGGACUUGGACGCCAGAUACCUGACAGCGGCGCUGAAGAAGUACCAGAUGGAGCACAAGAGCAAAGGCGAGAGCCUGGAGAAGUGUCAGGCCGAGCUGAAGAAGCUGCGCCGGAAGAGCCAGGGCAGCAAGAACCCCGCCAAGUACGGCGAGAAGGAGCUCCAGUACGUGGAGACGAUCAGCAGCAAGCAGACUGACCUGGACACCUUCAUCGCUGAGGGCUACAAGACAGCGCUGUCGGAGGAGAGGAGGAGGUACUGCUUCCUGGUGGACCGACAGUGCGCCGUGGCCAAGAACAGCAGUGCCUACCAUGGCAAGGGCAAAGACCUGCUCACCCAGAAGAUCCCAGUGUGGCAGCAGGCCUGCGCCGACCCCAACAAGCUCCCUGACCGGGCCUUGCUCCUGUGCCAGCAGAUGGGCUCGGGCACCCUGGUCCCCAGCCCCCUGCACUCCUCCAAGGGCAACCUGGUCAUCUCCGACCCCAUCCCUGGAGCCCAGCCUCUGCCCAUGGCGCCCGAGCUGGCUGCCCUGAUGGGCAGUGGUCUAGGAGGAGGGAGGCUGAUGGGCCCUGAUGGCAUGUCCAUGGUGAACGGCACGACGGGUGUGCCGCCGGAGGAGUUCUGGGGGGAGGGUGCUGUGCCCCAGGGCCGUCCCCCGUCUCCCCAGCCCCCGAGCCAGGCCCAGCCGCCGCCCCAGCGGCAAGUCAGCGACGUUUACUCCAACACCCUGCCCGUCCGCCGGCCUGCCCCCGCCAAGAACAAGACCUCUGUGGGUGAGACGCGGACUCUGCCCCGGUCGAGCUCCAUGGCGGCGGGUCUGGAGAAGAAUGGGCGUAGCCGCGUGCAGGCCAUCUUCUCGCACGCCGCCGGCGACAACAGCACGCUGCUCAGCUUCACCGAGGGCGACAUCAUCACCCUGCUGGUGCCCGAAGCCCGCGACGGCUGGCACUACGGCGAGAAUGAGAAGAACAAGAUGCGUGGCUGGUUCCCCUUCUCAUACACGCGUGUGCUACCGGAGAGCGACAACGAGAAGCUGAAAGUCAAUCUGCACCACGGGAAGAGCAGCAGCACAGGAAACCUGCUGGAGCGCGAUGACCUGCUGCCAGCGCCUGACUAUGGCCUGACCGCCCGCCUGCUGGCCCAGAGCCUCACACAGAGCCGCCCGCGCCCCUACAGCAUGGCCGGCUUCACGCAGCCCGCACUUGAGGACUAUGACAGCCGCUUUGCCACAAGUUCCGAUGGCAAAUUGAUUUCGACAGUGUGAGAACAGACAGACUAAAAGAGACACAGACAGCCCUGGAUAGCACAGGGGCCACGGCCCCUCCAUCCCCCUCCGACCCCCUCACCCCACCCCUCAACCCCACCUCUAACCCUUAACCACCCCCGUCCCACCCAGCCUUCGGCUUUCGCGCACCCCUUCUGCAGUGGAGGAGGCCCAUCUCAUCCCUCCUUUCUGUCCUCUCUUCCUCCUCCUCCUCCUCCUCCCCACCUCCCCUCCGCCUCCUCCUCCUCCACCCUGCGCUCCCCUCUGUCCUGUGGGCGGUGGCGGUGGCUCUGCCAGUGGUGUGUGGUGGCCCGGGGGCCAGGCCGACAGGGACGCCUCCAACUCUGCAGCGUCGACAGCAGCAGCAUCAGCGGCGGCAGCUCGUUUGCUCGGCUCGCAGCUUUAUAGACUGACUCUUCUUCACCUUCAACCCCACCCCCUCCCCCACCGCCCAGUUAUCACCCUCUUAACCAAUGCCAUUGGCAGCAUUGCCAUCAUCAGACUUUGUCCUCUGGGGGGGGGGGAGGGGACUGCCAAAAUCAUUCAUGCAUGUGCACAGAUUCUGAACUUUUUUUGUUUUGUUUUUUCGAUGAAGGACCAUUUUAUGUGCAAAUGCCAAAAGAAAACAUCCUGUUUGUGGUCACACUGAAGCAGCUAGCCCUCUCUGUGUGAAACCUCUGUUUUUUUUCACUGAAGCAGCUAGCCCGCUCUGUGUGAAGCAGCUAGCCCGCUCUGUGUGAAGCAGCUAGCCCUCUCUGUGUGAAGCCUCUGUUUUUACACUGAAGCAGCUAGCCCUCUUAGUGUGAAGCAGUAGCCCUCUGUGAAGCCUCUGUUUUUGUAUUUUUACUUUUUUUGGAAAAGUUUCUGUGGACAUAGCAGUGCCCUGAAGCCACAAGCAACUAACUGUGCUGACUGGGGAAUGUUCUUUCUCUCUCUUUCUAUCUCUCUUUCUCUCUCUCUCUCUCUCUCUCUCGUUCUUGUUCUCUCUCAUUCUCUCUCUCUCUCUCUUUCUCUCUUUCUCUCUCUCCCCUUCUCUGUUUCGUACCGUUGUUCAGCUGUGCAGAUGCUCUCAUUAGUGUGUUAUCUGGCAGUUUGCUUUGUGUAGCUUCACCUCCCCAAACUCUGAAUUUGUACCUGUCCAGAGGAUGUGCCAUGCUCUUUUUUGCCCAGCUUGCUUAAACCAAUCCCAUUUUGGAAACCUGUCUUUAUUUCAUUGAUUUUUACCAUCAUUACCCUAUACAGUUUGCCUCACAAAUUGAUGUAGGUGGACAGUGAUGUAUUUGUGAAUCUGAAAUAAAACGUUCAGUUGCGAUGCAC